AUGGGAUCGUUGGAGUCGCUUAGCGGUCACCCGGAUCUGCCACGUGCGUGCUACUUGGACUUACAAUUGACCGAUUUUCAUGGUCAAACACUUUCAGUCACAGCUAGUACCAGUCGUGGAGAGUUACGCUGCUGGUUGCUUCACUGGCCUCCUAGGGUCGAUCCCGAUGAGUGGGUUACUGAUCUGCAAUGGGUCUUGCCGGUCGAACCCAUUCCUCCAUAUCAGACGAUCACGAAACCAGCACUCAACUGCCUGAGCGUUUUGGAACCGGUCGGAAUGGCGGAUACCUCCCGACACUUGAUUGUGGGUGUAGAUGAUGGCAGUGUCCGUGUGGCUUCUGUUGGUGCCCUUUGUUGCCAGAACAGUAGUUCUGUUCCACAUGAACCCCGCUGGGUUGCAUCUGCUGUGCAUCAUUUUGCCACCGUUUUGCGUCUGUGCACCUUGCCCACUCGGGGGGAUCAGUCGGAGCGGAUGUUCGUGACUCUGUCGGCCGAUCAACGAUUGAUCUUGUGGUCAUUCAACCGGUCGACCGGUGCACUCACUCCUUCGCAUCGUGUGAUGUUGUCUGGAUUGGGCGAUCCGCACGGAAUGCACAUUGUAACCGUCCCCUGUGUCUCAGAUCAAGUCAUAAAGUCUCCCGAGCAUUUUAGGACCUAUAUUCUUACAACAGGGGUCGGCUCCGCCCUAUUGGAGCUCUCUUCCAUGUAA